CGCGCAGCCCCCGGCCCCGCCACCUCCCGGCCCGCAGGCGGCGCUUUCUCAAUGGUGCUUCCGGCUGGCGCUUCCGGGGGCGCAUGCGCAGUCGCUGCCUCCGCGACCUGCCCGCCGCCGGUCCGGCAGCCGUGUCCCGCCCGUGUGUCCCUCCCUCCGUGUCCCUCGGUCCCCUCGCCAUGUACGCCUGCGCAAAGUUCGUCUCCGCUCCUGCGCUAGUGAGGAGGAGCUCGCGGGUGCUGUGCCAGCCCCUCUCCGCCCCCGUGCUGAGCAGCCCCGAGGCGCGGCGGGAACAGGUGCAGGCGGGCGCCCCCCGGCCCAUCCAGACCAGCGCGACCCACCGGGACAUCGACACCGCCGCCAAGUUCAUCGGCGCCGGCGCUGCCACCGUGGGGGUGGCCGGCUCUGGCGCUGGCAUCGGCACCGUCUUCGGGAGCCUCAUCAUCGGCUAUGCCAGGAACCCCUCGCUGAAGCAGCAGCUUUUCUCGUACGCCAUCUUGGGCUUUGCCCUCUCCGAGGCCAUGGGGCUGUUCUGCCUCAUGGUGGCCUUCCUCAUCCUCUUCGCCAUGUGAUGGAGCCGGUGACAGUGACAGUGACAGUGACAGAGCCGCUGCCCCUGCGCCCCGUCCCCUGCCCAGCCGAGAAUCCCGGCUGAAGGGCACAGGAGAACCCCAACCCCGGCCCCGUGCAGGCGGGAGGGGAAUAAAGACGGUUUGAUAACGGGG